AUGAGGUUGACUGAAAAUGCCAUUCAAAAGCUACAGAGUAGAGGAGACCUCAGCUCUUUUAUGCCAAUUUUAAAAGUGGAUUCUGGAGGAAAUAGCCCUGAAUUUGGAUAUACCGCCCGACUAUCAGAUGGCUCAUCAUCAUUAGAUGCAGUCAUUUCUAACCAGGAUGGAUUAGAAAUUGAGCCUGGAGAUUUGGUGCUAUACCCACCCAGAAAAGAAAUUAAGCAUUAUUAAUAAUUUUUUUGUAGCCCAUAUUACCCAUACUCACUGUAGCACGCAAUAUUAAAGCGAUACAACUUUUUCCCAACAAGUUCGGGUCAAGCAAAACUAAUGAUUUCCGAGAUCGAAAAAAUUGGUGGCUCAACGCCAUCAGAUCCCCACAAUCCUAACGAGCCAACACUUAAAUUCACCCCCAUCCAUAGCCUUCGGCCUUACCAAAAAGGCUGGACCAUCAAAGCCAAAGUCUCUCAAAGGACCCACAUAAUACAUUGAGAAAAAGACUUAUUACAUUAACCUUAAGUUAUUAUAGCAAAGUUCCCCGUAGCACCAGUGCGUGCGCAUCUCCACCUUGCUUCAUUGGGCCGCCGCCCAACCAGGGGUUAACUCCUCUCCACUGAGGUUCACUUCUAAUGGAGAGUAUAUAGCCGGUCGCUGUGACAUAAGCUGGGCAAGGUUGCCAAAAAAUGGAAUGUCUGGCCGUCUGUUGGAAAAGAUGAAAACUUGUACCCAAGGUGUAAGUCCUGGUUUCAAGCUAGGAGUUGCCCAAUAGGCCUAGAAGGCUUUGCUUGGCUUCCCCUUUCCAACUCUAAGUCUUGCUUUCCCUGGAUGUAAAAUCCAGCUCUGAAAGGGACUAGUGCUAAGCCCUAAACAAAUUAUGAUUGAUUAUCUGGCAUAGUUUUCCGGAUAUAGCGACACCUUUAUAGAUAUUUAAGUUCAUUGGCUUUUAAAAAAAAAUCGAUUUAAAUUCUAAAAAAACUUUAAAACCAUAUUUUAAUUAUGAAAAAAGACUCAGGCUAUCAUUUUGUGGCAACUUUGCAAGACGAAGAAGGAGACACUAUAAGAGGAGUCUUUUUUGAAAGAUCUGCAAGGAAAUUUAAUUUCCUCGAGCAAAAUAAAACUUAUGCAUUCAGCAAUGGAAAUGUAAUUUUGGAAAGAGAAGAAUUUGCGACCCCUCGGAACCAAUUUCAAAUCAUUUUUGAGGAUGAUUCAAAUAUACUAAUUUCAUUAAAUUGUAUUUUUAUUUAAAAUUAAAAAGGAAAUAAAUUAAUUGCAAUUUAGAUUUAUUUAAUUAAACUGGUCUAUAUGUGAAAUUGAAAAUGAACCCGAAACAAUUUAUAUAACAGAGUUGAAAGAAAUAGAAAACACACCAAGAAAUGAGCUUAUUAAUAUAUGUGCCUUAGUUAAAAAAUGCGGGGAAGUAUCUGAGAAAAAUACGAAGACAGGAAAACUGCAUUUAAUACAAAAUAUUAGCUUGAUUGACCAAGCACUUAAGAUUGAUUUUGCACUAAUAGUCUCCAGAAAAGGGAGUUGCGUUGAGACAUAUAUAGCUGCGUACGGAUCAGCCAAAAUUCCAUCCUUUUGAAUUUUCUGUGAAACACAUAAACUCCCUAGAUUAGAAACACCCUAUGCUGAGCGCUCUUAUAACCCAAAUAGGGUAAGCCUAUGAGGUAGACAAAAAAAAUUUAGAAAAAACCAUUAUUUCCUGUCUCGAUAGGCUUGUCUUUGAGAUCGUCAACUUGCAGAGGAGCAUUUUUGUAACUAAUCUCGUCAGUCUACCUGCUUCAUAGGAGUGCGCGUCGGAGACCAUAUCAAUUUUAUAUUUUAUUUAUUUCAAGAACUUAAGGAAUAUGAUUUGUGUAUAUGAAAUAGUGAAAUCGAAAAAUUUCGGAUGAAACCUUUCGACGUUAUUGUAGCAACCAAGCUCAAAAUUAGCGAUUUCCAUGGAAAAUUGAAUUUGAGCACCACAAGAAAUUUAUCAGAAGUUUAUAUUAAUAAGCUUGAGCUGGAGCAAGUUGAAAUCUUGAAAAAAUGAGGAGCUGAAAAUGAGAAUUUGAUUAGAGACCGAGUCAAUAAAAUUAGAAUCCCUAUAGAAUCGCCAAAAAAGAAAAUGGAAGCUUCAACAGAAACUAUUUUUACACCUAUUGCGCAGCUAAACCCAUUUAUGGUAGUGUGAGCUAUAAAAGCUAGAGUAUUUAAAAAAUAUGUUGUCAUAUAAUUCAUAAUUAUAAAUGGCGACAUUUGUAAAGGUGUCGAUCUGCCGAUUGAUAUCACACUUUGCAUUUUUGAUUAUUAGGCUUGGUUUUAUAUAGGUAUUUUGUCUCAGCAAAGACUGAUAAGCGACUUAAAGGGGAGACGCCUUGCCUCUGACCUACCCUAGCUUCAUCCGCUUUCAUCCUGCGGUAGUGAAGGAACCUAAUGUAAUAUUCAGCGUCAAGGAAGAGUCACUCACUCUUGAACCGUCGAAGUAGUCAACACCAUUUAAAGCAUACCUGGCUAUUCAAGCAGAUAGACCCGACACGUAUAAAAAUUGCCGAAGUUUGGAGUGGCCAUUCUCUAGUCGGCAUUAAGUGGGACAUGUAGCCUAUAGAUUUCUUUUACUCCCCCCCCCUCCGUGAGUGAACAAAAAAAUUUUGUUCACUCACGGAGGGGGAUUAAUUUUUUUUUUAAAAAAAUUUAAAUAUAUAAAAUUUUUAAAAUAUAUUUUUUUUCGAAAUUUAAAAAAAAACCUGAUUCGCAAAAAUUGGACAGCAAAUAUUAAUUUAAUUUAUAAAAUUUAUGUUUUAAAAAGCGAUUGUUUAAAAUUGAAUAGAAUUAGCUUUAGAUUUCAUUAUAAUAAUUAUUAUUUAUAUAUCAAAAUUUUUUUCCAUAAAAAAUUUUCAAUUAAAAAAAUUUUUGUUCACUCACGGAGGGUGGGUUUUUUUGGGCAAAAAAUAGGGAUUUUUCUAAUGGUUUUGUUCACUCACGGAGGGGGGGAGUUAGUUAAGUUAAGUUGUCCAAUACUUCAAUGAAAAUCCCGGGAAAUUCUUACUCCUUUCUAUGAUUAGUUAAAGCGACCUAUUUUUUCAAGAAGUUCGCCUCAAUUAUCAAAAAUUAUUUUGAUAUAUAAUAAAUAAUGCAAUUCAAAUUGCUUUCUAAAGCAUGCAUUAUAUAUAUUAAUUUUUACUUUCCAACUAUAAAAAAUUCGAUAUUUUUUAAUUUUAAAGAAAAUGUUUUAAACAAAAUAAUUAACAAGAAAAAAAAAAUUCCUUUCUUAUUAUAAGGAAGAAGCUAGCAUUUCAUCUAAUAGAUGCUGAAGGGACUAAAAUUUCUGGAAUCUGCUUCAACAAAAUAGCAGAUAAAUUUGACUUUAUCAGAGAAGACGCUGUUUAUUCAAUAAAAGGUGGCUCAGUCCGUCAUGAAAGGCCAGAAUAUAAAUUUUUUGAAUCAAACUAUAAAAUUCAGCUAAAUGACAUAUCUGAGGUAAAAGAAUUAGAUGACGAUGGCAGCAUACAAAAAUAUCAAUUCGAAUUUGUCUCAAUUUCCCAGCUUGAAUUACUAAAUGAAAAUGAAAUUAUUGACAUUUGUGGAAUUAUUGUCGAAGUUUUCCCUCCUUUCGAAAUUCAAUUGAAAAAUGGAAACUCAAUUGUUAAAAGAUAUGUGAAAAUUGCAGACGAGACUUUAAAUUGCAUUGAGAUUGCUCUUUGAGAAGAAGAAGCAAAUAAUGCUAGCAUCGUUAAGGGAAAUGCCAUAGCUGUAAAAUCUGCUAGACUCAAUAAUUACAAUCACCUUUCUUUAUUUUGUUUUAGAUUGAUGCCUAUAAUUUAUAAUUUUUAUUGACGGAAAAAAUAUAUCAUUUUAUAACGAACAGAAACUUUGUUAUGGCUAGCCGUUUUCCUAUUCACUAUAUAAAAUGGAUAAAUGGUAGCGAGUAAAAAAACUUUUUUAUUCAUUAUGAAGGGUAUAUUUUAUGUUAGGGUGUUUUAAAAAUUCUUUUUAACGAAAUAAAGCAUAACUACAGAACGGUCGAGGUCGAGAGUUCUAUAUAGCAUUGACCACCCAAGGAUAAAUGAACUAAAAAAAUGAUAUCAAUCUCAAAACAUAUCAGGAGCCGAGCUCUACAACUUAACAGUCCAAAAAGAGCCUGUCUUCUCCACACUUUCCGAAAUUAGAUCUAAAUCUUCAUCUCUCCUAUCAGAAAAUUUCAAAAUUUACGGAUACAUUGGAGCCAUACAUCACUAUAAUGACAUAAGUACCAUUGCAUAUCGCGCUUGCUGCUCACAAUACUGCAGAAGAAAAGUAAAGACACAAAAUGAAGAAACUAAACAGUUCUAUUGCGGAUUCUGCAAAAAAAGCUUCGAAAAUUGCAAUUUUCUUUAUAAUUUUCAAGCAGAAAUCGUUGACAGUACUGGAUCACUAAGAGUCAAAAUAUUUGAUGAAGUUGGAGCAAUAAUUUUUGGAAAAAGUGCAAAUGAGCUUAUAGAUUUGAUUGAGCAUUAUGAAAACAGCUUUUUAUUUUCUAUGACUUCUCCACUAAAUAUUGAGUAUGAGAUGACGCUAACGGCAAGAGGAAGUAAAACUACUGGAGAAGUGUCAUAUGUUUUGCAAUCAAUUAAGCCUGUAAAGCCUAAAGAAAUAGCUGAACUGUAUUUGAAAGAAAUUUACGAUUACUUGUCUCCGGACUAA